AUGUCGCAGUCAUACACAUACUCCGACUACCCACAACAGUAUUAUUCACAACCACCCUUCGACUCUACUAUGCAGUCUCCUCCAAUCGAACCUAUACAAUCUCACACUUCAUCCUUCAAUUACCAAAACAACAACUACUAUAGUGUCGCGCCGGGCGCUCGGCCUUCCGCCGUUAACGAUUCAUCCGUUCUUGUCCAAACAUACACUUACUCCAACGCUGACUAUACUGCGGAAACUACGGCUUACGACCCCACCUUUGGCAAUACUUCUCCGGACCAUAUGGCUGCACUUCCAAAUUCGGCAAGCCAGAUCCCCCAUCAAGGUGUACCACAGUAUGGGGACCUUACCCCUGGUCAGACUUGGACUAGCCCAGGAGUCAACUCCCAGUAUGCUGAGACAGCCAUUGGCCAACAGACUGACCUUUACGGCCAACGUCGGGGAUCGUGCGCAUCUGUGAGCACUGACGGAGCCAGCUGGUUUUCGCACGAUGGAUCGAAUGCCGGACACUAUAACCAACAUGCAAUCGCCGAUCAUACCCACCAUACCAACAACUACGAUGGCUACCAGCAGCAACAGACCGAACCACCGAUGAACUUUGGAAUGUACUCGCCCAACCAGCAGUCCCGAAUCCAAGAACUUGCUCGCAAUGCCCCUUGUGAAUCUGCGCCCAACCAGUGGACACCAACCCCUAUCGUAUCCGAGACCCCGUAUGGCAUGCUACCUACGCAUGAAUCUGAGGCCAAAUAUGAUUCCCGGAUGCCAAAUGCUUAUGCGGCAUUCGACAAUGGCUCUGUCGGUCACACUCAUUCUUCGCCAUGUGUUUCCUUCCACUCAUCCCCUGCACAACCAUGUGCCGAAGAGAACUCGGAUUCGACCCUGCCUGAUGGUCGACCCAGAGAUUUGUUUGUACAACAGCGCCGGGCGGCGAGCUAUCAGCAAGAGCUCCAGGCACAACAGGAACUCAAAUACCAACUAUCGGGCCACUUUGAACAGUUUGAAGCGAAUCACCGGCGCCAGGAAAGCUUCUCGAUGGACCAAGAUUACGCCUAUACUCCUCAUCACCAGCGUCAGAACUCCUCAUCAUCUGAUCACUCCCAUCGGCUCUUGGCUGCUCCAGUCGUUCCGUCACAGGCCCGAGAACGUCCUCAACCUUUUGCUCAAUCCAGUCCUGAUGUGGUGGAGGAGAAGAAGGAGACUCCUCCCAAAAAACCAGCGCUCGCAUGCUUGUUCUGUCGCAAGCGCAAGAUCGCCUGCGGCCCGCCGCCUCCUGAUAGCCCCGACCGGACCUGCAAUCAAUGCCUGCGCCGUAAGCAAUCCUGUGAAUACCCAACGGAGUCGCGACGUGGAAUCCGCAAGGCUCCUAAAGAACCGGCCCCCGAAGAACCGACUGUGCACAAGUUUGUGCAUGGUGAUGCUAGCUCGCACGAUGGGACUGGCGUUAUUCGUUCUCGUGGUCGUCGCAAGCGCGCUGCUGACUAG